UAUUAUACACACACACAUAUAUAUACACACACAUAACUCUAAUAGAUGUUGCUGUGCUUGACUGAAUUACCUAUGUCCUUUAAAUCUGUGAAAUAUAAACAUAGUGCUUUCCUCAGCUGGAUUAGCCCCUCCUGACCUUCUGGGUACCCUUCCCAGGAAGGGAGAAGUCUUUGGUCCUCCAGCUACUCUUUUCAUCACUUUUCCUGAUAUCUGCUCAUGUAGGGAUAGCUCUGUCCCUCUACCCUUACAUAAACUGGAAUUUCAACCAUUCCACAAACCUGUUUGUAUUCUUGACUAAUCAACCGCCUGUCCUUCAGUUGGUUCAGUUCACCCAUUUGCCCUCUUCCCCCCUCCCCCAUACAUUCUUGUACAAUGAAGACUUUAUGGCCUUGGGUCAAGUGGUAACAUAAAAACAGUAAUAAUAAUAACAUUAACAAAAAUGAGGGAGAUGUACUACAUAUAUAUGCGGGAUGAUGGCCAAGGAGAGACAUACGUUUUGCAACAGUUUGACUGAAGUCCUAAGUUGGUUAAGGUUUAUGGAGAGAUAGAGCAGAUGAUUGGAGGAAAGCCAAAGGGUCUGGGGCCGAAAGGAAAAAUACCUCAGUUCCUUUCCACCUCCUUUUAUCCCUUCAAAGGGAUUACUGUCUAUUAUUAUCCGUCUCUGUCCAGGAAUAAUCAUUCAGAACUUCCAUUGAAUACCUUUCUCUAUCACGUGACUCUUUCCCUGAAGAUCCUACUGCACUUCUCCGAGCUAGGCCUAAGGAUCUGUUCUGUAGUGCAAGGUUCGAGGUGGAAUAUAUGCAGGAUGACGCAUGGGGGUGGCAGGAAGAAAAUAUUAGAACUUUAAUUUAUAUUUUUAACCUAAAAAUUAAUUAAGCAUGACUAAUGUUUACUGAUUGACACUGGCACCAUUACUGGGUCUGUCAGAUGAUGGGUCACAUGCCAUGUUGACCUUCCUCCUUGCAAAAACUAAAAGUACUGUGAAAUACUUUGUAACACCUCAGUAACUUAGAGUGGGGGACUGAGCAUGCUCAGGAGCCAGGGAUAGUUUGAACUGCUAGGAAGAAGUCUCCCUAACUGGGCAGCCAGCCACUCUGGAUCAUUCUGGCAGAGGCAUUGAAGGAGAAACAAGAUGGCAGCCCUACAUACAUCACCAGACUCCCCAACCUCCCAGCUGGAGAGAAUGGAAGUUAGACCAGAGUGUGAAGUUGAUCAUGAGGAAAGGGAGGGGAGCCCAGAUCUGGUUGAGGACAGCCCAGAGGAGAUUGAGGGGAGUCCAGAACCAAUGGAAGAGAGCCCAGAUGAGGGUGAGGGGAGCCCAGAGCCAAUUGAGGGCAGCCCAGAAGAGGAUGAGGGCAGCCCAGAGGAGGAUGAAGGCAGCCCAGAGGAGGAUGAAGGCAGCCCAGAGGAGGAUGAAGGCAGCCCAGAGGAGGAUGAACGAAACUCAGAGCUGAUUGAUGGAAGCCCAGAAGCGAUUGAUGACCUACCAGAGCCUAUUGAUGGCAUCUCAGAGCCCAUCCUGGGCAGCCCAGAGCCCAUGAUGGGUAGCCCAGGGCCUAUCGAUGACAUCCCAGAGCCCAUUGAUGGCAUCUCAGAGCCCAUCAUGGGCAGCCCAGAGCCUAUUGAUAGCAUCCCAGAGCCCAUCAUGGGCAGCCCAGAGGUGAUUGAGGGCAGCCCAGAGCCUAUCAUGGGCAGCCCAGAGGUGAUCGAGGGCAGCCCAGAGCCUAUCAUGGGCAGCCCAGAGGUGAUCGAGGGCAGCCCAGAGUCCAUUGAGGGUAGCCCGGAGCCGAUUAUGGGCAGCCCAGAGGUGAUCGAGGGCAGUCCAGAGCCCAUUGAGGGUAGCCCAGAUGUGAUUGAGGGCAGCCCAGAGCCAGAACCACAGGAACCAUUGAACCGUGACUCUAAAAUGGAGUCCCCAGUUCUUCAGGAGAAGGCUGUGUCAGUUUCCUGGGUUCCAGCUAUUUUUAAGAAAGAGAUCCUUGAUGAUGAUGAGACAUCGACUGACUUCCUAACUACUGAGUCCCAGGGACUGGUGACAUUUGAAGAUGUAGCUGUGUAUUUCUCCUUGGAGGAGUGGGGAAGGCUAAAUGAAGCUCAGAAGGAUCUUUACAAGGAAGUCAUGCAGGAGAACUAUGGGAUUCUGGUGUCCCUGGGUUAUCCAAUUCCUAAACCUGAUGUAAUCUCUCGAAUGGAGCGUGGGGAAGAAUUAUGGGUCCCAGACAGUCCUGUUCCUGAGGAAGGAGAUAUUGUAACUGGUGUCUACACAGGUGGUUGGUUCUGGAAUGAGGAUGAGGAGGAUGAAGAUGAGGAUGAAGAAGAAGGUCCUCUAGAGACCCCUGAGGAAUCGGAGCCACCAGGAGUAUGGUCAGCAGCCUAUGGUGUGGGAGAUGUCCCUGGAACCUGGGGACCUGAUGAUUCCAUCCAGGUCCAGCCAACAGAUUUAUGGGGAGGAGACCCCUCAAAUAUGGGCAUGAUCACUGAAGGACAAGAGAUCAAGCCCAUUCUUCAUAGUGGGGAGGCAGGUGCCCCACUCCUGCCCCCCUGGGCAUUCUCAGCAGUGGUGGAAGCAGCUGGGGGCAGGCCAGAGACAACGUGCGAUGUGUGUGGGAAGGUGUUCCCUCAUCGGUCAGGGUUGGCCAAGCACCGUCGCUACCAUGCAGCUGUGAAGCCUUUCGGUUGUGAAGAGUGUGGAAAGGGUUUUGUUUAUCGUUCUCAUCUGGCUAUUCAUCAGCGCACACACACAGGAGAGAAGCCCUUCCCCUGCCCUGACUGUGGCAAGCGCUUUGUCUAUAAGUCCCACCUGGUAACCCACCGACGUAUCCACACAGGUGAGCGGCCCUACCGCUGCUCCUUUUGUGGGGCUGGCUUUGGACGCCGAUCCUAUCUCGUGACACACCAGCGCACCCACACAGGUGAGCGGCCAUACCCUUGUCCCCAAUGUGGCCGCAGUUUCAGUCAGAGCUCGGCCCUUGCCCGCCACCAGGCUGUCCACACUGCGGAGAAGCCUCACUGCUGCUCUGAUUGUGGACGGGCCUUUAGACUUCGAGCAGACUUCCAGCGUCAUCGAAGGGGAGGGAAGUGCUCUGAUCUUAGAGAAGAAGCAAGAAGAGAAGAGAGUGAGGGACCCGAGCUGGGUGGGGAGAGUCUGGACCCUGUAAACGAAGGCUCUGUUAUAGAUAGGAACUACCCUGAAUUGGGGAAUGGCUUUGGGGAAGGGGAAGGUCCUUCUCACCCUCUUGACUUCCAUUUCCCACUGCCACCCAAAUCUUGGCUUCAUGGAGAGAACCUCCCAAUGUUAGCCCUUCAGGAUUUUGGAGAAAGGGUGGCCCACGAGUUGGUUGAUGCUCCCCCUAUCCCUGGUCAUUUAGGGAGUCAGAUCUCUCUAAUUGAUGGGACAGCAAUGCCUUGUGACCCUUGUGCCAGUGGAUUGCUAUCUUUUGGCCCUUCAGUUGGGAGCCUCCUUUCUGACCCCCAGCCUUCUUCCAUGUUGGAAGAAGAGACUCCAUGGAUAUGCUCUGACUGUGGAAAGACCUUUGGGCGUCGGGCAGCCCUGGCUAAGCACCAGCGCUACCAUGCUGGGGACCGGCCACACCGCUGUGCAGACUGUGGGAAGAGUUUUGUGUAUGGGUCUCACCUGGCACGGCACCGGCGCACACACACAGGUGAACGCCCUUUCCCCUGUCCAGAGUGUGGGGCUCGCUUUGCCCGAGGCUCCCACUUGGCUGCCCAUGUGCGUGGCCACACUGGGGAGAAACCUUUUGUGUGUGGGGUAUGUGGGGCUGGAUUUAGCCGCAGGGCCCACCUGACAGCCCAUGGGCGGGCACACACAGGAGAACGGCCCUAUGCCUGUGGGGAGUGUGGGCGGCGUUUUGGGCAGAGUGCAGCCCUGACUCGGCACCAGUGGGCACAUGCAGAGGAGAAGCCACACCGGUGUCCUGACUGUGGCAAGGGCUUCGGCCAUAGUUCAGACUUUAAGAGGCACCGAAGAACCCAUACUGGGGAAAAGCCCUUCCGUUGUGCAGACUGUGGACGGGGUUUUGCUCAGCGCUCUAAUCUGGCUAAGCACCGCCGGGGUCACACGGGUGAGCGGCCCUUCCCUUGCCCUGAGUGUGGGAAGAGGUUCUCACAGCGCUCUGUGCUGGUCACCCACCAGCGAACGCAUACAGGGGAACGGCCCUAUGCGUGUGCAGCUUGUGGCCGUCGAUUCUCCCAGAGCUCUCAUCUCCUCACCCACAUGAAGACUCAUCGUGGGACAACGACAACUGGGCCAGCAGCCAAAGUGGAAGGGCCAGGGCAGAACCAAGCCAGUAGGCCUUCUGGGGAGAAAGAGGACAGUAGUAACACUGUGGUGGAAUUUGGGGGAAACUCUAGCUUUGCAUCUGAGGAACCCACCAUGUUCCCUGUCCCCUCCUGCUCUUAUGAGGAGACCCUCAUGUGAGGUGGGUGAGGAGGGAGGUGGGAGGAGGCAAGUCCCAAGAGACCAUUUGUCCCUUCCCUUUGUGACUCCUCAUGCACAGGGAGCUGGGUACAGGAAAUAACCCCUGUGAGAUCUCCUGUGUGUCACCUGACUUCAUGCUCCUUCCUACUUCUCUCUUUAGACCGUGACCCAGGUGGGAGGGAGUUGGGCUUAGCUGUUUUCUCUGAAGCCCCUGGCACUUCCCAGCUCCUCACAUUUGUGAUUCUCUCCUGCUCCAGUUCUCUAGUAGGAAGCUACAUUUCUGAAUGGGGCUGGCAAGGAAGAGGUGGCCUUUGGGCCAGGUGGGGUGAGAGCUGGGGUUUAGGAAAGAUUGAAGGAGAGAAAAGAUGCAGAAGAGUGAAGGUUGGCGUUGCAGCAGCCUGGAAUAUGAUGCCAUUUGGGGCUUAUAUAGUAGAGCAAACCAAUAGUCAUGAAUGGUGGUGUUAUUUAUUUUACUCGGAUGCAGAAUUGGGUGGAAAAACCCCUCAUAUGGUUUUCUUCUCUGUAAGCCUGGGUUUGAGCAACAGAAGGAGGCUCUUGCUUGGUAGCAUGGGACUAGAUAAGGGGAGCAGGGGUGUCUGUGAAACAAAGCUUAAGUCUGGGUUGCAGGUGCAGUGGAUGGAGCUGAGUGACUUUUAACUUGCAGGUAUGGAAUUCCCCCCCUCUUCUCAACUAAUUUUGUAAAAAGUGUUUGGUUAAUGGGUGACUUCAGGUCAAUUCAGUUCAUUUUAAUAUUGACUAGGAAGUGAUGUAACAACCUGGUAAUUCCUGUUGAUGCCAACUGGCAUCACUCUGGCAAGUUAAGUCCCUAUUCUAGGGGUAAGACUAGAUAAUUUCUAAGGCCUCUUCCAUCUCUAACAUUUUGUUUUCUAUGUUCUGAAGUUCUUUCCAGUUAUGA